CUCUCUCAUUCUUUUCCUCUCUCUCACCUGCACUGAGAAUCAUGGCGGACGUCCAGACUGCGGCUCCUACGGACGGCGAUGCCAAACUCAGCAAAAAGUGGUAACGCCAGUUUGCGCGGGUUUUGGGAGGAGUUUUUGCUAUGAUGUCUCGAGCGCUCCUCAGGCUGGCUAGGUGCCCGGUCUGGGCCCAGCGGGCACUUCAGGACAAUUUCCUGGGCAAGCACCUUCCCGUUUCCUCCUCUCCGCUCUGCACUGGCCAUGCGCUUCAUGGGAAAAAAAGCGAGUUGAAAAGACGUUUGAAGGCCGAGAAAAAAGCCGCUGAAAAGGAAGAGAAACAAAAAGAGCAAUGCGAGAAAACGCCAAGCGAGAAGACGGAUGAGCUGGACGAGGAAAGCCUCGAUCCCAAUCAAUAUUAUAAAAUAAGGACCCAAGCCAUCCAACAGCUGAAAGGUACCAAGGAUGACCCCUAUCCCCACAAGUUUCACGUGGACAUGUCCCUCACAGAGUACAUCCAGAAAUACAACGACCUGCAGGUCGGAGACCACUUGGAGGAAUUGGUGAACGUGGCAGGCCGGAUCCAUGCCAAGCGCAUUUCUGGAGCCAAACUUAUCUUCUAUGAUCUCCGAGGUGAAGGAGUGAAGCUGCAAGUCAUGGCAAAUUCAAAAUUUUACAAGUCGGAAGAAGAGUUUAUAGCAAUAAAUAACAAGCUGCGCAGAGGAGACAUUCUCGGGGUGAGGGGGAACCCCGGGAAAACCAAGAAGGGGGAACUGAGUAUUAUCCCCAGAGAGAUGACGCUGCUCUCCCCCUGUCUGCACAUGCUGCCGCACCUGCACUUCGGCCUGAAAGACAAGGAGACCAGAUUCCGGCAGCGAUACUUGGACCUCAUUCUCAACGAUUACGUGCGGCAAAAGUUCAUCACCAGAUCAAAAAUCAUCACCUACCUCCGCAGGUUUCUGGAUGACUUGGGAUUCCUCGAGAUUGAAACUCCGAUGAUGAACAUUAUUCCUGGAGGUGCCGUUGCCAAACCUUUCAUCACCCAUCACAAUGAGCUGGACAUGGACCUGUAUAUGAGGAUCGCUCCCGAGCUCUAUCACAAGAUGCUGGUGGUCGGGGGCAUUGACCGCGUAUACGAAGUGGGCAGACAGUUCAGGAAUGAAGGAAUCGACUUGACCCACAACCCUGAAUUUACAACCUGUGAAUUCUACAUGGCCUAUGCAGAUUACCACGACCUCAUGGAAAUCACCGAAAAGCUGCUGACAGGGAUGGUGAAGCACAUACACGGUAGUUACAAAAUCGUCUAUCACCCGGAAGGACCUGAUGGACCAGCCCAGGAAAUCGACUUCACCCCCCCCUUCAGAAGGAUCAGCAUGGUGCACGAGCUGGAGAAAGUCCUGGGCAAGAAACUCCCCCCAACAGACCAGUUUGAUACGGAAGAGACUCGCAAGCUGCUAGAUGACAUCUGUGCAGAGAAGGAAGUUGAAUGCCCCCAUCCAAGGACCACUGCAAGGCUACUGGACAAGCUGGUUGGUGAAUUCCUGGAAGUAACUUGUAUCAAUCCCACUUAUAUUAUUGACCAUCCUCAGAUCAUGAGCCCUCUUGCCAAAUGGCACCGGUCAGAAAAGGGACUGACGGAAAGAUUUGAGCUUUUUAUCAUGAAGAAAGAGAUUUGCAAUGCCUACACCGAGAUGAACGACCCGAUCCGGCAGAGGGGGCUGUUUGAAGAUCAAGCUCAGGCCAAAGCAGCGGGUGAUGACGAGGCCAUGUUCAUCGACGAUAACUUCUGUACCGCCCUGGAGUAUGGGCUGCCCCCUACAGCUGGUUGGGGGAUGGGCAUCGACCGCCUUACUAUGUUUUUAACCGACUCCAACAACAUCAAGGAGGUGCUUCUGUUCCCCGCAAUGAAACCAGAAGACAAUAAAAAGGAGGCGGCACCCGGCCCGACCGCGGGAACCUCCGUGUAACCUCGCCGAUCUCUCUGAUUUUAGGGUGUUUAAUGUGGUUUUGUCCGGGGCUCUGUCUGCACCUGGAUACGCCUCGUUCUGCUUUAUACUGAAAAUAAAUUAUAAAGGUGCGCUG